AGUUCGAGGCGCUGCUGCCGCCGCCGCCGCCGCCGCUGCAGCUGCCGGAGCCGCGAUGCCUAAAGGGAGGAAGGGAGGCCACAAGGGCCGAGCACGGCAGUACACCAGCCCCGAAGAGAUCGACGCCCAGCUCCAGGCUGAGAAGCAGAAGGCCAGGGAAGAAGAGGAACAAGAAGACGGUGGAGAUGGGGCUACAGGGGACCCCAAAAAAGAGAAAAAAUCCCUAGACUCAGAAGAAAGCGAGGAUGAAGAUGAUGACUACCAGCAAAAGCGCAAAGGCGUGGAGGGGCUCAUCGACAUCGAGAACCCCAAUCGGGUGGCACAGACAACCAAGAAGGUCACACAGCUGGACCUGGACGGACCCAAGGAACUUUCCAGAAGAGAACGAGAGGAAAUCGAGAAGCAGAAAGCAAAAGAGCGUUACAUGAAAAUGCAUUUAGCGGGGAAGACAGAGCAAGCCAAGGCUGACCUGGCCCGCUUGGCUAUCAUCCGGAAGCAGCGAGAAGAGGCAGCCCGGAAGAAGGAGGAGGAGAGGAAAGCAAAAGACGAUGCCACUUUGUCAGGCAAGCGGAUGCAGUCUCUGUCCCUGAGCAAGUAGACCAGAAGGGAUGGGCUGGGCCACCGCGGGCCUGCUGCCUCCUUCCUACCUGCCUGUCAUGGCACCGCCUCUUCAUCCUGGCACAGAAAUCGUUUGGGGGGGGAUGAUGGGGGUGGGGGGCUGCUGUCUCCGAGACGGAAAGAUGCUGGACAGCGUUUCUUAUGUGACAUCAGAUGUUCUCGCUGUUACUAGAAUGGGAGCCCUGGGUAGGGGCUGGGAGGGGAAGUGGUUCCCAGAGAUGGGCUAUGGCCCCCCGCCUGGCAGUGGCUCAGGGAUGCACCCUGGGAGUCCGUGACCCCCAGUAGGCUGCCCUUCUGCGUUUUCCUCUGAGCCUGGUUCAGGCCCUGAACCCUGCCCAGCGCUCGCUUCAGAUGUCCCCAGCCACGGGCUCCACAAACCAACGUGUAUAUUUGGCAGAUUAAACUCCACCUUAUGGUA